AAUUCUUUAUAUUUUUUACCAAUAUGGGCAAAGCCCUGGUGCAAAUAUUUCUGCUCUUGGGCACACUGUGCUUCACUUUGGUCCAAGGCGAAGCUACAAACGCAACGUCAUUGACGGUGGAACAAAAGAAGCUGCAAUACAUGGAGUCCAGUAUGGACCUUGACCAACCUGUUUGUACGAAUUUUUAUAAAUAUGCCUGCAAGAAGUGGUCGUUUUUUAUAGCAUCCGAGGCCCUAGAUGUGCUCGAAACGAACGUUGAAACACAAAUGGAAAAUAUUAUUGAGGUAUUUCCCUCUCUCAUGUAUCCAGAAUUCUUGAAAAGCAUACACAAUCAUUAUCAAUCGUGUAAAAGUCGUGAUGAAUUUGAUGUUCUUGACUAUCUGAAAUGGAUGAACGAGCACACUGAUAUAAAAUGGCCCUUAGUGAAACAGAAAGAGCUGCCGGGGAUGGGAGGAGAAGAAAAAGUGGAAGAAUCAACACCACUCGAUUGGAUAGAAUUGCUGGCCUUGACACGCACCUAUGGCCUCAAUGAUAUUUUCAUCUAUGAAACUGUAGUACAACGUCAAGAGGAUCCCAACAAACUGAUUGUAGUAAUUAAAAGACCCCCGCUCCAUAAGAUAGGCGACUUAAAACAUCAGAUAUAUGAUCCCAAAGGUCACCUGCAGCAUAUGGACUUGGAAAGCUUUCGAAAUUUUCAAAUAGAUUUGCUUAACCUUACGGUGCAUUUUGUGGAACGUGUUGAAAAGGCGAGUUUCGAAGUUAUCAUGGACUCUACAGGCAGGCCAAGUGACACAAAACCCCUGCUGGUGAAAGUCAACGAACUGCAAAUGCCUUGGCUGGUGAAGUAUUUGGAAACGCUGCUCAAUAGAAGACCCUUGGAUGCCGGCAUGGAGAUUUACAUCAACAGUGUGGAAUAUCUGCAGUCAGUUUACAGUUUGAUGAAUGCACGAGGCAAUCGCUUUAUGAACGAAUACAUCCAGCUUAGAUUUUUCAUUUAUUUGCAAGAGAAAUUUUUUACUCGUAGCUUUAAAUGCGUUCAGUAUAUUCGUGAGAGCUUUCCCUUGGUCAUGCAGUGGGCCUACGAGAAAAAUAAUUUACAAUUGAAAUGGCAAAUACCUAGAGUCGAAAAAAUAUACGAAAACCUCAAAGCUGAGUUUCGUCAAUCAUUGCAGACGAAUAGCUACAAUUUCAGUGAGUAUGUGCAACAGUAUCUGCUAGACAAACUGGAUGGCCUUACAUUAAUGGUGGGGCAAAUGAAUGUGCUUGAGUUGCAGCGCUACUACACAAAUAUGAGUCUUGCCGCGAACAAAUACUAUGGCAAUCAUUUGCAAAUAGCAAAUUUUCAUUUCAAACGUCUGCAUGAGGCUCUGGGCCAUGAGCAACUUACAUCCAGCUCUCCUGAAAUGUGGCAUUUGCAACAGUUUGUGGACUAUGGCCAGCGACUUGAGAAAACCCUUAGCCUGGCACAUUUGCCCAAAUUGUAUCCUAGACUUAAUGUUAUAUACCUUCCCUUGACUGUGUUGCAGCCGCCCUUCUACGAAGAUGGCCUAAGUGAUGAGUUUAUUUACGGCUCGCUGGGAUUUUGGCUAGCCCAUGAAAUAGUCAAAUCAUUCGAUCAGCAUCACCUGGUGUACGAUGCCAAGGGCAAAGUCAACACACAAAUGUUGCAACAGAUUCAAACGAAUCGAAAAUAUAAAAAAUCACUUUGGGAGUUAAGACACAACUUUCCCCAUUAUGAUUUGGAAGAUAAAAUCAAUGAUCUGGGUGGCCUGAAGUUGGCCUAUAAUGCGUUUUCAAAGCUUAAACUAGCCCAUCAUUUGAACAGAUCGUUCACCCUUAACAACAGCUCAUUCACCAGCGAUCAGUUAUUCUUUUUGAACUAUGCCCAAAACUUUUGCAGUACUUUAUGUGGCUUUAGUGAUCUGGGAACCCUUUUUUACAACUCCUGUGACCGUGUCAAUUUGCAAGUGCAAAGGCUUAAAGAGUUUGACAAGGCAUUCGAUUGCCAUGGUUAUUCCACGGAACCAAUUUGGUAA